AUGGCGAGCACCGCCCUAAACUUCAUUACCUUUAACCAGGACCACAGCUGCCUGGCCGUCGGUACUUCCAAGGGCUUCCGAAUCUACCACACCGACCCGUUCUCCAAAAUCUUCAGCAGCAACGAUGGCAACAUUGCUAUUAUUGAGAUGCUGUUCUCGACUUCUCUUGUCGCCCUGAUCCUGUCUCCACGACACUUGAUAAUACAAAACACAAAGAGAUCCUCGGUCAUCUGCGAACUUACCUUUCCAUCUGCCGUGCUCGCCGUGCGUCUCAACCGGAAACGUCUUGCCGUCGUUCUCGAAUCCGAAAUCUACUUAUACGACAUUUCCAAUAUGAGCCUUCUUUUCACAAUUCCUACGUCUCCCAACCCAGGCGCAAUUUGCGCUCUAUCACCCUCCUCGGAAAACUGCUACAUUGCGUACCCUUUACCGAAACCUCGGGAGGACUCGGGAGACAAGAGACCAGCCCAUGCGCCUCCUCUCUCAACAUACGUUGCACCGACAUCGGGAGAGGUUUUGGUGUUUGACACGCUCACAUUGAAGGCUGUGAAUGUCAUUGAGGCUCAUCGGUCACCGCUGUGCUGCAUCUGCCUCAAUAGUGAAGGAACACUUCUGGCCACAGCGAGUGAGACUGGUACCAUCAUCCGCGUCUUCUCAGUCCCUGGAGGUCAGAAACUCUACCAGUUCCGCCGAGGAACCUAUCCAUCCACUAUUUACAGCAUGUCAUUCAACCUCAGCUCUACCCUUCUCUGCGUUUCCUCGACUUCCGAUACUGUCCACAUCUUCCGUCUCGGGGCCCCUCCUCCAGGCAACAAUUCCGCCGCAGCAGCAGCAGAGACACCUGCUUCACCUCGCCAGGAUCGCUGGUCGAGGUCGCGCAGCUACGACAGCAACAAUGAGUCGCCUGUGGGGAGCGCGGCUGGUUCUCCACGAAGCGACCUGGCGGAACCCGCUGGGCUAGGCAAUGGCGGCUCUUCCCAUCCCCAGCAACAGAUCAACAGGCGGCAAAGUGGCUCCUUUAGUAGCAUGCUCCGGCGCUCGUCGCAGAUUAUGGGUCGCAGCGUGGCCGGUGUCGUUGGCUCAUACUUGCCGCAAACGGUGACGGAGAUGUGGGAGCCCCUCAGAGACUUUGCGUACAUCAAGAUUCCAAAGUCUUCCAAUUCGCCGACGGGCCAAGCCCGUGGGAACAACAACUCGAGCGGUUCGCAGCCGCUGACUGGCCCGCUUCGAAGUGUCGUGGCCAUGAGCAGCAGCAGUCCUCAGGUAAUGGUAGUCACCAGUGACGGUGGCUUCUAUGUGUACAACAUUGACAUGGAGCAUGGCGGAGAGGGCUACCUGGUCAAACAAUUCUCGGUCAUUGAUGGCGACGACAAGUUGGACGCGUCUUCGUACGGCACGUAA